AUGACGACCUCAACCCCUGCAUCCCUCUCCCUCCUUCUCCAAAACCUCUCCCUCGACGAAAAUCAAUCUCACGAGGAAGUUCUCCGCCAUGCCAAUAACAUUCUCAAAUCCUCAUCCGACCCACAAACAAUCCGUACCCGUGUAGUAGCCCUCAUAAAACUCGAGAGAUACGAUGAAGCAAUCAAAUCGAUAGUACAGGCCGGUACAUCUUCUGGACUGGAGUUCGAACAUGCAUAUUCUCUGUAUAAGCUUGGUGAUUUGAAGGGUGCUUUGGAUAUAUCGGUGUAUGAGGUGGAGACAGAACGGAGGCAAAGGGCUUUGAAACAUCUACACGCUCAGGCUCAAUACCGAGCGGAAGACUUCGAAUCGGCAACUGUAAUUUACGAAGAAUUAUCUUCCUUGCCUCCUGCAGUAGAGAAUGAAGAGUAUGAUUUAAGAGUCAAUCUCGGAGCCUCAGAGGCACAGCUAUCAUUCGUUGGAAAAGAUGGAUUGCGUCCUAAGAAGCGGGCUACAGCUGAAGAUCUGCAACAGUACGAGAGCGCUUUCAAUGCUGCAUGUAUCUCGAUAGCUCGUGGCGAUUUAAAUGCCGGAUUAAUGCUUUUGAGGACAUCAAAGAAGCUUUGCAGCAGCUUGGAAGGUGUAUCAGAGGAGGAUAUCCAAGCUGAACUAGCCCCUUUGAUUGCCCAGGAACUCUACGUUCUUAUCAAGCUAGGGAAGCUCGAAGAAGCAGUAGCACUCUACAAGUCUUCUGGUAUUCUCGAAACAUCCGACGAAGCCGUCAAACUGAUUGUCUCAGCAAACUGCUAUCUAACUUCUCAAACUCCAAACCCACAUGUCGGCCUCCGCGUCCUCGAAGCUGUUCAGAAGGCCCCACAAGGUUCCCAAAAGCCCUUCACAUUCCAGUCCGAUAUCCUAGACCGGAACAUCACAACCCUAAACCUUCAAGCCGGCAAGGAAAAUGCUGCAAUCACAUCCGCAAAAGCAUUAAAAGCUAAAAAUCCAAACGACUACACCAUAUCGAGCGUUGUGGCAACUAUAGAACUACAAAGUGCUGAUUCGUCGUCUGCAAAGUCGAUAGCGAAGACCUUGAAAGGUGCUGCGAGCCGGAAGUUGGGUUCUACAGCGGAUAUUGGGAUUGCAUUUAUCAACGCUCAGAAUUACCUGAAAGAAAACAAUGUGACGAGCGCCGUAGCUGUCAUCGAAACUCUCCUUAAGGAUCUAGAGAACGAACCCGAGAAACGGUGGUUACCAGGCCUUGUUGGAGUGGUAGCAGGUUUGUAUACUCUGCAAGGACGGAACACCAAGGUGAAGGCGGAAUUGGAGAAUGCUAGUGCGUACUGGCGCAGCACCACCCAUCCCGACCCAGCCGUCCUUCUGGCCACAGGAACAGCCCAACUCAACUCCUCGAAUCUUCAAGACCGAACGAUGGCCGCUUCGAUCUUUGAGUCCCUCGCCGCUAGCAACCCUUCUCCACUCUCCAAUGCAGGUUACAUAGCCUCCCACCCAGCCGAAGAUAUGCCAUCAAAAAUCGCCCAAUUAACACCACUGAACACCCUUCUAAAGGACAUCAAUGUCAAUGCCCUCUUAGACUCCGGCGUUGCAGCUCCACCGACUAAGAAACGGUCGUUGGAUGAGGCAGUAUCCAAACCCCAGAUCAAGUCACGGAAGAAGAGAAAGAUCAGGUUACCGAAGGGUGGUAUCGAUCCCAACAAGAAGCCGGAUCCUGAGAGAUGGCUGCCACUCCGGGAUAGGAGUACAUAUAAGCCGAAGGGGAGGAAGGAUAAGAAGAAAGCGAGAGAUUUGACGCAAGGUGGUGUUGUGACGGAUAAAGAUGGUGAUACGGAGAUGAUUGGAGGCAAUACAGUGACGAAAGUUGCACCGUCGCAAAGCACUGCGUCGAAGAAUAAAGGGAAAAAGAAGGGUGGGAAACGGAAGUAG